AUGCAUUCCACCAUUUUCAUGAGGUGUCUUUUUUUCUUGUCUUGCUUCUUUUACGCGGCCUCUGCACUCAACUCCGAUGGGGUCACCCUUUUGUCACUCAUGAGGCGCUGGACAUUCGUUCCUCCUUCCAUAAACACCACCUGGCUUGCCUCUGACUCCACUCCAUGCUCCUCCUGGGUGGGAGUUCAAUGUGACCAUGCCCACCAUGUCGUCUACCUUAACCUCACUGGUUAUGAGAUUACUGGCCCAUUAGGUCCUGAAAUUGGAAAUAUUUCUCGUCUACACUACUUAGACCUGACAGAUAACAACCUUAAUGGCCCAAUACCUCACUCCUUCGAAAAUUUGCACAACCUCCAGUUUCUCAGCCUUGCUCAAAAUCAACUAUCUGGUGAAAUCCCGCAUUCCUUGACUCAAAUCCCUCGACUGUAUUUGGUUGAUCUAUCACAUAAUAGUUUAAACGGUUCCAUCCCCACGAGCAUUGGGAACAUGUCUGAGCUCUUGCAGUUGUAUCUUCAGAAUAACCAGUUGUCUGGGACAAUUCCCUCAUCCAUUGGGAAUUGCAGUAAAUUACUAGAAUUGUAUCUGGAUACAAAUCAGUUGGAGGGUAUCCUGCCGCAGAGUCUAAAUAAUCUUAAUCAUCUUGCUUAUUUUGAUGUCGCCAGGAAUAGACUUACAGGUGCAAUUUCUUUGGGUUCCAGCAGUUGUAAAAAUUUAGUAGUUUUGGAUAUCUCGUUCAAUGACUUUGGUGGAGGCCUUCCCUUAGGUUUGGGGAACUGUACUGGUUUAUCAGCAUUUGUAGCCGUGAACUGCAAUUUGGUUGGGAGUAUUCCACCCUCCUUUGGCCUUCUGACCCAGCUUUCUAUUCUAUACCUUCCACAGAACCAUUUAUCUGGAAGAAUACCUCCAGAAAUUGGCAACUGCAAGUCUUUGACAGAGUUGCAGCUGUAUUCCAAUCGACUUGAGGGAAACAUUCCAAGUGAAUUGGGAAAGCUAAGAAAACUAGUGGAUUUGGAAUUGUUUUCAAAUCAACUGACUGGUGAAAUUCCACUCAGCAUCUGGAAGAUUAAAGGUCUUGAGUAUCUGAUUCUGUAUAAUAAUAGUCUUUCUGGAGAAUUGCCAUUGGAGAUUACGGAGCUGAAGCAAGUGAAAAACAUCUCAUUGUUCAACAACCAGUUUUCCGGGGUCAUACCUCAAAGCUUGGGAAUUAACAGCAGUUUAGUUCUGUUGGACUUCACAAAUAAUAAAUUCACUGGCAACAUUCCACCAAAUCUGUGUUUUGGUAAGAAGUUAAAUAUCCUGAAUUUGGGCAUCAAUCAACUUCAAGGUAGCGUACCUCCUGAUGUUGGGAGCUGUACAACCCUUGGAAGGUUAAUUCUCAAACAAAAUAAUUUGACUGGAUCUCUUCCUCGUUUUGAAAGCAACCCAAAUCUCGUUUACAUGGAUAUUGGCAACAACAAAAUCCAUGGAUCAAUUCCAUCAAGUUUGGGAAACUGCAGACGUAUCACUGACUUAACUUUGUCCAUGAACAAGUUUACAGGGUCUAUACCCUCAGAGCUAGGGAACCUUGUGAAUCUUCAGACUUUGAAUCUCUCUCACAACAACUUGGAAGGUCCUUUGCCCUCUCAGCUAUCAAAGUGCACCAAAAUGGACAGGUUUGAUGUUGGAUUCAAUUUCCUAAAUGGUUCAUUGCCAUCAAGUCUGCAGAGAUGGACAAGGCUAACCACAUUAAUUUUGAGCGAGAAUCACUUUAGUGGGGGCCUCCCAGCUUUUUUGUCGGACUUUCAAAUGAUUUCUGAACUACAACUUGGUGGCAAUCUGUUUGGAGGCAAAAUUCCUAGAUCGGUCGGAGCAAUGCAGAGUUUGCUCUAUGGCUUGAAUCUAAGUUCAAAUGUUUUGACUGGUGAAAUUCCUGUACAGAUUAGGAACCUGAAAAAGUUGCAAACCCUAGAUCUGUCUCAUAACAAUUUGACAGGGAGCAUAGAAGUUCUUGGUGAACUCCUCUCCUUAGUGGAACUCAAUAUUUCAAACAAUUCUUUUCGUGGUCUUGUACCAAAGAGGCUGAUGAAGUUGCUUAAUUCUUCGUUGUCAUCAUUCUUGGGCAAUGCUGGCCUAUGCAUCAGAUGUUCAGCAUCAGACGGCACGGCUUGCACUGAAAGAAGCUCUAUUAAAUCAUGUGAUGACAAAUCUACUAAGCAGAAAGGCCUCAGUAAAGUUGAAAUUGUGAUGAUAGCUCUUGGGUCCUCCAUAUUUGUUGUUUUAUUGUUGAUGGGAUUAGUUUGUAUUGUUGUUUUUGGCAGAAAAGCUAAGCAGGAAAACCAUAUCUCUUCUGACGAGGGUUCUUCAUCCCUUCUGAACAAAGUCAUGGAGGCUACAGAAAACCUAAAUGAUAAGUAUAUUAUUGGUAGAGGAGCCCAUGGAGUUGUUUAUAAAGCUCUGAUAAGUCCAGACAAAGCUUUUGCUGUGAAGAAGAUAGGAUUUGCUGCUAGCAAAGGUAAAAACUUGAGCAUGGUCAGAGAAACUCAAACCCUUGGGAAAAUCAGGCAUCGAAAUCUGCUCAAAUUGGAAGCCUUUUGGUUGAGAAAAGACUGUGGUCUAAUUUUGUACAGCUACAUGGCAAAUGGAAGUCUCCAUGAUGUUUUGCAUGAAAAGAGACCACUACCAACCUUAAAGUGGACUGUCCGGUACAAGAUAGCUGUUGGAAUAGCUCACGGGUUGGCUUAUCUCCACUACGACUGUGAACCUCCCAUAGUGCACCGAGACAUCAAGCCCAUGAAUAUACUUCUAGACUCUGAUAUGGAGCCUCACAUUGCUGACUUUGGUAUUGCUAAACUUUUGGAUCAGUCUUCUUCAGCCUCAAAUCCUUCCAUUUUUGUGACGGGUACAAUUGGUUAUAUUGCUCCAGAGAAUGCUUAUACAACAGCAAAUAGUAGGGAGUCUGAUGUAUACAGUUACGGGGUUGUUUUGCUUGAGCUGAUAACCAGGAAGAAGGCAGGAACAGAUCCUUCAUACAUGGAGGGUACUGAUGUCGUGGAUUGGGUUAGGUCUGUGUGGAGUGACACAAGAGAAAUCCAUCAAAUUGUUGAUUCAAUACUUUCAGGCGAACUUCUAGAUACCCAUAUAAUGGAAAACAUUACCAAAGUGCUUAUGGUUGCUUUGAGAUGUACUGAGAAAGAUCCACGCCAGAGGCCAACUAUGAGAGAUGUUGUUUUUGAAUUAUCAGAUGCUAAUCCAGGGACAAGAAAUACAAAGGACUAA